GGAGACACUUGCUGUGACCGACAGCAUCCAGCACUGGUGCGGAUGAGAGGGACAGAGGCUGCUCUGCCUUUUCAUACAAAGCAGCGGCGCAGUUACUAAUAAUUAACAACCAACGACAGUCGCUUCGAGGACAAGAAACAACUUUUAGAUCAGUUAGGACACUUCGGGGUUUUUUUUACGUGCGCGCGCGUGACUGAAGGGACGCGCGAGCAGCUACCUGACCACUACAAUUUGAGAUUUGGACGGUUGUAACAGUAGUAACGUUACCCCUGCAGCAGCCAAGUUGCAGGCACAAUAACGUUCAUUCAGCCGAGGCUCGGACUACAGCACAUCACACGGGGGAGUCUCUUCUCUUCGGGAACGAGGAUGAACAACAGAAACUGAGGUGCAGCAGCUCAAGUGUCGUGGCUCCGGUGUGAUAAAUGUCAACCUGUCCUGAUAUUUGUAUGGGUCUUUCUCCUCAACCAAAGAUCUCCCCAGGCGGACUGAAUAAACGAGUUGAUUCUAACAGAGCUACGCUUGUCCUCAGUCUACUUGUGGUCUGACGGCACUCACCGACAUCAAAGCUCUCUGUUCUUCUUGCUGUCUCAUCCUUCUGCUUCUGUUAGAGUGGGGGAUGUCUGUUUUCUAACACCUCUCAGCCUGCUUAUCUACUAGAUCUGUACAACUGCAACCAACACUGGACAUGGAGGACUAUGAUGUUCGCUCGGCUGCCAGCAUCCUGGCUUCGGUGAAAGAGCAGGAGGCACGUUUUGAGCAGCUGACCCGAGCCCUUGAGGAGGAGCGUCGCAACGUCACUCUGCAGUUAGAGCGCGCAAACCUGCCUCCAAACCCCCCUACCAGCCAACCGCUAGCAUGGCAGCAGGUGGUGAUGCAGGAGCAGAGCCCCAGUAACGCCACAUCCCUGGCUAUGAUGCAGGAGCCGCAGGAGGUGGUGGAAGAGACGGUCACCAUAGAGGAGGACCCCGGCACCCCCACCUCCCACGUCUCGGUGGUCACCUCUGAUGAUGGCACCACACGGCGCACAGAAACCAAGGACUUGUCAACUAACGUGAAGGUGACUAAGAUGGUGAAGACGGUGACCACACGGACGGUACGUCAGGUGCCCCUGGGCCCAGAUGGCUUGCCCCUGCCUGAGGGCUCGUCCCCACUAGGCAGCUACACCGACUCCAUCGACCGGCGCUACAUGAAAAACGGAGGUGACCGCUUCAUCACACCUCAAGCAACCUCCACUCUGACGCGGUCCUACAACAACUCCUACAACGAUUCAUAUGGCGAGACGCCUGAGAGCCAGUACGUUCGCCACUACGGCCUGCACGAUGGCUACGCCGAUUUGACAGACAACUACGGCAGCCUGUCGCGCGGCGUCAACUUCCGGCCACCGCGCUACCCCUUCCUGCCCAACAGCUACCGACCAGAGAACAGCUACACGUUGCCUAUUCGUAAGGAUGACUAUGGCCACGUGGCCCAGCCCCAGGUGCCUAUGGGUAGUAGCACUGUGGAUCUGAACCGCUCACAGCCAGAGCGCUUCCAGCCCGAGCCAUAUGGCCUGGAGGAUGAUCGCCGCAGCUUGGGCCCUGAAGAGGAGGAGCCAUAUGAGCUGGAGCCCGACUACUCCACUGCCAACCGACGCACCCUGCAGGGGGCCAAUCGGGGUCGCACCCACCGGGAACCCCUUCGUGACGGGCCUCGAGUCAGAGGGUACCCAGACGACCCCAUUGAGGCAGAGCUGAUCGAUGAGCGCCACCCUUACAUCCACGGCAUGUAUUCAGCACCACUGGCCCAGCCGGAGAGGGGGAGCAUGGCCAGUCUGGACCGCAUGGGCGGCCGGCGCUCUCCAUCCAUUGACAGCAUCCGCAAGGACCCGCGCUGGCGUGACCCAGAUCUCCCCGAGGUCAUCGCCAUGCUGGGCCACCCCAUUGACCCGGUCAAGUCCAACGCUGCUGCCUACCUGCAGCACCUGUGCUAUGAAAAUGACAAGAUUAAGAAGGAUGUGCGUCAGCUGAAGGGGAUUCCUGUUCUGGUGGGCCUUCUGGACCAUCCCAAAUCUGAAGUCCACCGCAAGGCUUGUGGUGCCCUGCGCAACAUCUCUUACGGCAAGGACAAUGACAACAAGGUGGCCAUCAAGAACUGUGACGGCAUCCCGGCCCUCGUCCGCCUGCUGAGGAAGACCAAUGACAUGGAGGUUCGAGAGCUCAUCACUGGAACCCUGUGGAAUCUGUCGUCCUAUGAACCCCUGAAGAUGGUGAUCAUUAACCACGGCCUGCAGACCCUGACCAACGAGGUCAUCAUCCCUCACUCGGGGUGGGAGCACGAGCCGAACGAGGACUCGAAGCCCCGCGACGCUGAGUGGACCACCGUCUUCAAGAACACCUCCGGCUGCCUCAGAAAUGUGAGCUCAGACGGUGCAGAGGCUCGGCGCAGACUGAGGGAAUGCGAGGGAUUGGUGGACGCCUUGCUGCACGCUCUCCAAUCAGCUGUAGGGAAGAAAGACAUGGACAACAAGUCUGUGGAGAACUGUGUUUGUAUUAUGAGGAACCUGUCCUACCACGUCCACAAAGAGGUGCCGGGGGCCGAAAAGUUCCAGGACCCAUCAGUGCUACAGGCCCCUGGCUCAGCAGGACCACAGAGGAAGAAGAAGGAUGAUGCUGGCUGCUUUGGAGGCAAGAAGGCCAAAGAGGAAUGGUUUAAUCAAGGCAGAAAAAACGGUGAGAACGACAAAAACUACGACACAUUGGAUCUGCCCAAGCGCGCAGAGCCGUCAAAAGGCUUUGAGCUGCUGUAUCAGCCGGAAGUAGUGAGGCUCUACCUGUCUCUGCUGACGGAGAGCCAGAACUACAACACCCUGGAGGCCGCUGCUGGAGCCCUGCAAAACCUCAGCGCUGGACAAUGGACCUGGUCCAACUACAUCCGAGCCACCGUGCGCAAGGAGAAAGGUCUUCCCAUCCUGGUGGAGCUGCUGCGCUCCGACUCUGACAAGGUGGUCCGAGCCGUGGCCAUCGCCCUGCGCAACCUGUCCAUCGACCGCCGCAACAAGGACCUUAUUGGAAGCUAUGCCAUGCGGGACUUGGUGAGCAACCUGCCAAGCGGCCAGCAGCGGCCAGCCAAAAACCUGGAGGAGGACACUGUGGUCGCCAUCCUCAACACCAUCCACGAGAUUGUCACUGACAGCUCUGAAAACGCUCGCUCCCUCAUCCAGGCCCAGGCUAUUGAGAAACUGGUUGCCAUCAACAGGACCAGCCAAUCAGCUCGCGAAACGAAGGCGGCGUCCCACGUGCUGCAGACUGUCUGGAGUUAUAAGGAGCUGAGAAACGCUUUGACCAAGGACGGCUGGAACAAGAGCCAUUUCCAGCCCACGGUGACAGCCACCCCUAAAGCAACCAAGAAUGGCAAGCCAGGCUACGACGACACCACCCUACCCCUGAUGGAGAAGAACCAAGGCACCAGGAAAUGUGGCAGUGGUGAUAUGAUACCUAUGGAUGAGCUGGGUCCAGAUGGUUACUCCACCAUUGACCAGAGGGACAAGGACUGCAAAUACAAGCCAACAGGCGACGGCUCAGUGGACCUGACAGAACGAGAGCCAUUAAAGAAUGACACAAAUAGGAAACACUAUAUCAGGAGUAACAGGCCUGCGGUCAGUCUGGUGGACGCUUGUGAUGUUAAACCCCAGCCUGUUGACUCCUGGGUCUAAAUGCAUGCAUGGCUUAAAAUAACAACAGCGUGACACCCCAGCUAGAAGAGGAUCUCUCAUAUCACCACUGCCAUUUCACAUGGAGCUCAUCUUUGGAGUUGGACUUUGUACAGAAAAGAGGAUUUUAAAAAAAUAAUGAUCACAACAGCAACUACCCAGAAGCAGCCAGCAUUCUCAUGCUUUUCAGAAAAAAUUUCAAAAAAAAAGAAUAAAAAGUGACUAUUCCUACUACUUUCACAUAUCCACAUUCCCACUGGACAUCAUGUGAAUUUUACAGUGUUGACUCUUGUUGAGCUCUACCAGUGACAAGAAACUAAAAGAGGCCGGUGCUGGUGAAGGAAUGGACGUAUGAAGGGCAGACAAAGCGAAGUAAGGGAAGUGAAUGGGAAAGGAACGUGUGUUGGAAGGAAACCUGUAGAAGAAACGGGAAAUGGAUGUUUUUUCAUUUCAGUGUUCACAUCUGGAAGAAUUUCAUGGCUCAAUUUUGUGGGUUUUGGAGAAUUUUACUUUCAGUUUGUUGUCAAGCUUUGGUAUAUUGAUGUGAACAGGAAUGGACUGGCGUGUUUGAAGGUCACUGAAUGUUUACAGAUUGGUGGCGUGGACAUGAGGAAGGAAAAAGAGAGAAACCGAGCCUGAGAAGAGCUGUAGCAUAGUGGACAAACAUGUACUCCCAGCAGCCUGCUCUCAUACACUUACAAUCCAUUUGGUUCACUGUGUUUUUUCAAAAAAAGAAAAGUGCACUGAGAUGCUUUGAAAUCAAAAGUGGUUAACAGGUGAUUGAUGUCCAUUUUAUAAAGUGAGGAGUGUGCAAGUUGUGGUCUGGAGAAAGGAAAGUGACAGAGUGUGUACAUCAGAUGGAGCAACAGUUUCUGUUCACACUGCAUCGCAAAAGUAAUCUAAAAUGGAAACAAAACUUUCUGUUUCAUCGUGGUCAGCAUGUGUGAGCCGAGUGGUAUGUUGACCCUCAGUCACAGAGCUGUGGUUACUUGUGUGACCACUCAGGUUGUGUGGCGACGCAGUUUCACAAGUUCCCUGGCUGGUUGCUCUUUGUCAGUGAUGUGUAUUAAAGAGGAUAUAAGGCAUUCUGUUUAUAAAUGAUUUGUGUUUUUGGAAAGAGAGACAGAAGUUUGUUCUCUUGUUGAAAGGAUAGAUCUAAAAGCAUUUUUUUUUAUUUUUGUUGGGUUUUAUAUAAAUGUAUAUUAGGGUCAAAAGAAAAAAAAAGAAAAAUGAAGGAAAAAAACAACAAAAAUUACCGACUUCUUAGUUGUAUAUUAAUAUCACAUUGUUUGGAAAGCACAUCUCAUUUGAUAAAGGCUCACCAUGUUUGUAAACAAGAAAUAACCACGUAACUUAAAUGUGUGUCAAAUAUUGUCGAGUUACGCCGACGAUCACCUAUUUAUAUUUUGUAUUUGUCAAAAAAAAGUUACAGAAAAAAGUUUAUCUGCAGUGUUCUUUCUAAAGGCGAUGAAUUACGUGUUGUCUGACAGCACCUGCAUCAUCGAAAUAGACACUCUGGAGGGGGCCAAGAGGUCAGACAAAGGAUAGACAAGAGAUGGCAGUGUCAAUAAAAGUCCCUUCAUUUUUCUUCCCGAUGCAUUCAGACCAAGUUACCGCCAACCCUGAACCCUCCUUCACCGGCGCAUCUUAAAGAGAAACAUUCAGUUGUGAGCAUGAAGAAAAAGUGUACAGAUGUUUAUAUUCUAUUCUUUCCAAGUGCCAGUUUUUUGUGGUGUCAUUUGGAUAUUAACUAAUUCAUUCAUGUGCAGGAUGAGAAUACAAAUGGACGAGGUUCUGGAUGUUCAAGACAAAAUAAAAGAGUUGCAUCACACUGUACAAAACAAAACAUCAAAUUUGGUCAUAUAGUAUAUAUUUUUACAACGUUUUAGGGUGGGCGGUUGUGAUGUAGAAAAGCAAAGAGACACAGAAUCAUAUGGCCAUUUUUCGCUUGCUUGGUGAGACUGCGCACACAAUCUAGUGAUAAUGUGUACAGUCUCCUCUCCAGUCUCCCGAUUCCCUGUGGACAGGAGACAGAAUCCAAUCCGAGUUGGUAUCACUCAUGCGUCAUCAAGGCGAACGGCAUGUGCCUGCAUUGAAGUCUGAUUUUUCUUUGUGACGUAUGUGACUUUAUAAAGCUUGCCUAUUUUACACAGUGUUUACAAAGAUGUACGUUGUGGUAAAAAUCAAUAAACUACAAAAAAACAUACUGUAUAAAUUUUAAUUUCAGAGGUUAAAAAAAAGUUAUAAUAAUACCCAGCAUCCCUUUUGUGUGUCCUCAGAAGUGUGUGCUUUCAUUGGACAAUACUGAACCCUUGCAACAAAGACCCAUAUGACUGUCUAUUCCUGACUGCACUUUGCAGUGCCACAACCAAAGGAUCUGGAGUUGUAUUUACAUGCAUUCAUAAAAGAGGUCACUGGUUUUGUGGAUGUGCGGUGUACAUUUACGAAACAAAGAGCCAAGCAACUGUGCUGUAAAAUCAAUGCAGGACACGGACACACAUCAAAUCAAACAAACCUACCUGUGUAGAUAUAACUGAUUCAAGACCGUCAAAAUAAAGUAACUGUAACACUCAGUAGCAGAUGUGUUUGUACCUAUCAUGUGCCUUAACCUUUUCCAUGGUAGAUAAAGAUAAGUGUUUUAUAUAACUUUAUUCCUCCCCCUAUCAACUGUCAUCUCUCCAUCCUGUCUGUUCACCUCUCCCCUGUUUUCCUCCUGUGUCCCCCUCCCUCCCUUUUUCCUCCACUCCACUCACUCAUUCAUUCAUCCUGCACCCCCAUCCCACCCCACUGUCCCCACAACCCCGAGUAGUUUAGACUGUUGGUGGGUUUCUGCCUUGUAUUACGUUGUAUUAUAAACUUUUAAAAAGAUAGUCAUUUGGAAAAUGGUUUUGAUUUCCUAGAGGAGUAAAGUUGUUAAUGCUUUCGUAGCGAGCAGAAGCGAUGCCACAGUGACAGAAUGUAUUAUGUUAAUUUUACUAAUACCCUACCCAGAGGCAAAUAUUACGCUUGUUAAACAUAACGGAAAAAUACUGGUUUGUAGAGUAUAAGUUUGGUGUGUUUUCAAUAAAUCAUGCCUGGAAAGAA